AUGGAAAGAGACAACUCCAGCGCUGUGGUUUGCAAGUUAUGUGGAGAUGCAUUCACUCUACCUGAGGGUGAUGGUGAUGGCAACCUCCCUCGUGUGCUCUUAUGUGGCCACAUCUACUGCACAUCCUGCCUGGUGUCCAUUCAAUGUGACAGUGUGGUAAUAUGUCCAGAGUGUGAGGUUGAGUCGACCAUUCCUGAAGAUGGGGUGUAUGGACUUCAGGCAGAAAGCAGAAUCAUUGGCCUCAUCUACACGGCUAAAAUGAACAAGAUGAAAAGCCUCCGGUGGGACAGACCAAAGGAUCACAGAAGGAUCAAAUUAGAAACAUCCACAGACAUGAACGCCAAUACUGAGGAUAUGGAGCAGUCAGCUGACAUCGACAAGAUUGAGAAGACGUUGGCCCAGGCUGCAGAAAAUCUUGCCCAGCUGGAAUACAUACAUGAGACUCUGACAACUGGUCUGGCAGAACAGGUGAAGACAGAGAGAGCUCGGCUGGAGAGGGAGAUCAAGCAAGCUGUAGACAAAGCUUUACAUGCUGUUCGAAAGUGGAAGGAUGUGCAGUUGAAUCAGCUGACAAAACUGGAGGCACAAUUCUCUACUAGCCAAGAGGAGGUGUUUUGUGUCCAGGAGAGGAUAAAAGCCCUGAAGAUUGCCAUGCAGAUGGCCAGAGAAGUUCGCCGUGCCCCCUCUCUGGAGCAGUACUGCACCCUCGAUAAGGUUGUGGAGACGUUGCAGGCUCCUGUGGAUGAGAAGUCCUUCGACAGUAAAUGCAUUACUGUGGGCUCUGGAAUGAGCUGUGUUUUCCGGUCAGAAGCUCUGAACCAGAGUCUGUCAUUGUCUCUGAAGAUGGAAGUCAGCAACCCAAAGCUCUUGCCUCCACCCAAAGGCCACCAGCCGGGCAACUCCACCAGAAAGUCCCCCUGCCAACUUGCAGAGGGUAGCAACAGCACCUCUACACCACCCAGUCGCGACAAGCCGCCCACCCCACAAAAACAACACCAGGAGAGCCAUGGAACUAACAUUUUGUCAUCACAAGGCUCCAUUCCCAGCCCAAGACUUCAUCGCAAGUCUAAGUUCUCUGGCCGCAGCUUGGCCUCAGAUCCUGGAACUCCAGAUGUAAUUAUAGAAGAGCUUUUUGAUGAAGGACAGGAGCACGCUCUCCCACCCACUGGCCCUGAGCUGGGUAAUGACAAAUGGAGAGUCCACAGGAGGAGGAGAAAUCAGUUUGUCAGCAAGACAAAUGUUGCCCGGUGGGUGGUUGUAACCCACAUUGUGAAUCCAAGUCACUUCUACGUCCGCUAUGUGGCCGAGAAGAGAGAAAACGAGACACUCUCUAAGAAGAUCAACCACAUCUGCUGCAGGGAUAGUUGCCGCUUCACUUCUAGUGACACAGUGGAGACUGGCUCCAUGAUCCUUGUUAAGUGGAAGGAGGGACUCUGGUGUAGGGCCAAUGUGGUUGAAGUCUUGCAGAAUGGAUGCGUGGAGGCUGUGAAAGCCUGCCCAGUCGACCAGCUGACCAGUAUCUGUGUCUUCUUCCUUGACUAUGGUCUCACCAAAUCCAUCACCAUACAGAGUGACGAGGGGACAGCUGAGUCUUCACUGAAGCCUGUGAACACCCACCUGAGGAAGGUGGGUGAGGCAGAAAAUGUGGAGCUGGGUCACUUUGUUCCUCAGGCCAUCAGGUGUUCACUCAAGGACCUGGUCCCCUAUGACCCGACAAAGGGCUGGAGUGAAGAGGCACAGUUUGAAUUCCACAGCGUGGUUGACUCUGCAGCGGUGGAGAUGCUGCCUUUGGGUCAGGACAGAGACUUUUUAUUGGUGGACCUGAGGAAAGCCCCGAUGGACCAGUCCAUUGAUGUGCCCAUCUCUGUCAGAGAGUACCUUGUUUUCAUUGAAGUGGCCAGGUUCUAUUCACCAGUGACGUUGGGCAGGAGGCCCCUGCUGUACUACCCUCCUGUCUAUCCCAAAAUCAACACAGAACUCAAUGCUGUGGUGUCCCACAUCAACAACCCUUCUGACUUCUACAUCCAGCUGGUUGAUAACAUGGAGUACAUGUUAUUCACAGCCAAGCUCCAGGAUUGUUACAAUACAACACCAGCGGCGAGAACAGAUGACCUCAACGUCUACUGCCCUGUGAUAGGACAGGCCUGUGUUGCACGCUUUGAUGACAAGUUGUGGUACAGAGCUCAGGUCAUAGGUCAUCCAGGGGGCAGAAAAGUGGAGGUGCAAUAUGUAGACUUUGGCAAUAAGAACAUCUUGCCAGUCAGUGACUUGAGGAAGAUCAAAGAUGAGUUCUUUGCCCUUCCUUCCAUGGCAAUCCACUGCUGUUUGUCAGAAGUGAUCCCUCUGGAUGGAAAGACCUGGACUGAUGCCUGCACCAACAGAUUCAUCAGCCUGGCUCACCAGAAACUGGUCACUAUUAUGGCUACAGGAACCAUCCGCAAGACUGAUCCUCUGCCAGUCAAACUGUUUGAGAGCAGCCUGAACGGGCCUCCAGCCAACAUAGCUGAGGUGCUGGUCGAAGAGGAGCUGGCCUGCUUCAAAGGGAGACUUAAGUCCAAGAAUGCCACUCCCCCUGUUGAUGAGUCUGCCUUAUGGGAUCCUCCACUGGAGCUUGGUGUGGCCACGAAGGGUGCCGUUGAUGCCCCGGACCAAAAUAUCACCAGAGAACCGAAGGAGCAGCUGCUGGACUUUCAGCCUCUGCUGAAUCUCCCAGCCCAACUCAAAGACCUGAAAGUCAUAGUCAGCCACAUCAACUCACCAAGCAGCUUCUAUGUCCAAUUCACCCAGUUCAACUCUCUGCAUGAAAGGAUGUGUGAGGAGGUGAAGCAGGCGUGUGCACUUAUGGAGCCCCAAGAUGUGGUGUGGAAGGCAGGCAUGUACUGUGCUGCUCACACUAACGGGGUUUGGGAGAGAGGACAGAUCUGCUCUGACGUCACAUCCAGCAACAUUGCAGAGGUGAUGCGCUGUGACCAUGGCAGCAAGGUCAAGCUCCACGUCAGCAACCUGCGCCCCCUGCCAUCUUCCUUAAAGGGCUCUCUGGCAGUGGAGUGCGCUCUCUGUGACAUCAGGCCAGCAGGAGGCCAAUCCACCUGGACGGCUACAGCCUGCGACUUAAUCUCCCACUUCCUGACUGGAGCCAAGGCUUACAUAACCAUCAAGGAGUUGACAGAUGAGCGUCCAGUGCCCGUCACACUGUUCUGCUGCAACAAUAUGGGACAGUUUGUCAACAUAGCAGAAUUUCUGGCCAUAGAGGGCCUCGCCCUCAGGGAAAGAAAACCAAGAGAUGCUGUACCAAUACCUGACAAAACUGAAGCAGAGUCCCCAGUGAACAAGAAACAAACUGAUGGCAACAAAAAACAAAAUCACCCAGCUCCUAAUCUCAUUCAUUUCCCUCCCAGGUCCUCUGUCGCCCCCACUCCAACUCGUCCAACACCAGCCCCACGCACCAUUAUGUCUGCUGAAAAGGUGAAGACUCCGUUGUACCACCCCCCAGAGCUUCCAGUGCUCGGCCACAUCCAGAUGACUGUUACAGCCGUCAGAGAGGACGGUCUCAUUUAUGCCAGAACACAGAAUGCAGAGUGUCAGCUGGAGUAUCUUAGGGAGAAUAUUAAGCAGAGCAUGAGAACAUUGCCCAUACAGAAGCCUUACACCUGGAAGUCAGUCCUGGGCUGCGCUAUCAUUGGGCCUGAUAUGUUGUGGCAUCGAGGACAGCUGCUGGAGGUGCUGGGAGGACACAUUAAGGUGCAAUAUGUGGACUGUGGCCUGGUGGAGAACAUCCCAGUGGUCCAUGUGUACCCCAUACUGCUGUGUGCUGAUGUUCCUCAGCUCUGUGUGCCCUGCCAGCUACACGCCAUCAACCCUGUUGGUGGUCAGUGGCAUCAGGAUGCAGUGACCUUGCUGAGGGAGCUGUUGCUGAACCGCUCUGUGGACAUAGAAGUCAUGGAGCUGCCAACUGACCCAAGGGGACCCCUCACAGUUGAGGUCUUCCUGGAUGGGCAGAGCCUCAACAGGAUCCUGUGUCACCAUGAACAUGCCUCCGUGGACUGGACCGUCUCAGCACAGAAGGAACUCUCAGUGACGUCUCCUGGCGUCUUGGAUCAUUGGGACAUUGACACUGAGGGUCUGAGAGGCCCAGAGGAGCCGAUCCUGGGACCCUUUGUCUUCCCGAGCCUGCCACGGACGAGAGAGCAGUUUCAAGUCAGGGUCAAGCACCUGUUGACGCCCAACGAGCUGUUCCUGUGGCCUUUGGAGGGGAUGACUGACUUGGAGGUGGAUGGAGAGACUCUGGAUGAGGCUCUGAACAGAAUCAAUGCAAACAUCAACAGUCUGCCACAACUCACCAGCUUCCCUUGUGGCGGUCCGUGUCUGGCAGAGUACAGUGAUGGGAAGUACUACCGAGCCAAGCUGAUCAACUUCACCAGCGUGGAGCCCGUCAGGAUCCUGGUCCAACAUGUCGACUUUGGCUCUGACGACUCUCUGCCCACCAGCAAGAUACGGCAGAUGCCGGCGGAGCUAAUGCGGUUUCCACUGCACGUACUCAGGGUCAAAGUAGCCGGCUUCAAGGCUCCAAGCGUCAACAGGGAGAGAGACGUGCUGCCUUACAGUCCUGGGUGGAGCGUGAAGGCUGCAAUGGACAUGAUCGACCUGUUACACGGCGACAUCACAGCCUCUGUUGUGGCCCGUGAACCAGAGCUCACAGUGCUGCUGCACAACAAGGACGGAGAGUUGGUCCAUCUGCCUCUGGUGCGCAGAGGACUGGCUGAGCUCGAGUGAAGCGGGGCGGAGACCACCUGCUCAACCCACAGGGUGCAGU